AUGAUGCAGUUACCAGCAAGCAGAAGGAAUUUGCCCUCGUGGUUCGUGCUAGUUCUAGCGGUAUCCGUGGCCUCGCCGCGCGCGACCGUUGCCCAAUCGGAUAAGAUAAGAUUUCGAGUGGACAGUGAAGAUGGGCAGCUUACCGUGCCCCAGCUGGUUGCGAAACACGGCUACCCGGUGGAAGAGCAUCCAGUAACGACGGACGACGGCUAUCGGUUGAUGCUGCACCGGCUGCGAAGUAACCGCCCAAAUGCACUUGUGGUUUUGCUAAUGCACGGAUUGCUGUGCAGUUCCGCCGACUGGUUGCUGAUCGGUCCGGGUAAUGCGCUUGCCUACCUUCUGGCGGACCGCGGGUACGAUGUCUGGCUGGGAAAUGCUCGCGGUAAUCGUUACUCGCGUCAGCACGCCAGCAUCAGUCCGGCAGCGAAGAGUUUCUGGAAGUUCUCCUGGCAUGAGAUCGGGUACUACGAUAUUCCGGCCAUGAUCGACUAUAUUCUCGAGAGUACGGGGCACGAUCAGUUGCACUACGUCGGCCAUUCGCAGGGUACGACCGGGUUCUUCGUGAUGGCCUCCACCAGACCAGAGUACAACGCAAAGGUGAUCCAGAUGCAGGCGCUAGCUCCGGUGGCGUACAUGGAGCACAUGAAGAGUCCCCUGCUGCUGAUGAUGACCAAAUUUCUCAACACACUCGACACCCUGCUGGCCAUGUUUGGCGUUGGCGAGUUCCUUCCCAACAAUCCGAUUCUGCACCAAAUCGCCAAAUACAUCUGUCCUACGUCGACGGUGAACAACAUGUGCGUACAUUUGCUGUUCCUGCUGGCCGGAUACAACCCAUCCCAGAUGGAUCCAACGCUGGUGCCGAUUUUGCUCGGGCACACGCCUGCCGGUUCGGCGACGAAACAGCUGGUACACUACGCGCAGGAGGUUCACUCGAGACGGUUUCGUAUGUACGACCAUGGGCCGGUCAAAAACUACCUCAAUUACCGCUCGUUGACGCCACCGGAGUACGAUCUGUCGAAGGUUACGGCACCAGUGGUACUGUACUACGGGUUGAACGAUCUGCUGGCUGCCCCGGAAGACGUGCAACGGCUUGCCGCACGGCUACCAAAUCUACAGCAUAAUGUGCGGGUUAAUCACACGCUGUUCAACCAUUUGGACUUCCUUAUAGCGAACGACGUAAGAAGGUUGUUGUAUGAGGAAGUUAUUGAGAGGAUAGCCGCUACUGAAGAGUCGGAUUAAGAGUAGGAAAAUAAAUUAUUUACAAUCAUUUUUUUUUUCAAUAUAUGUGAUUUUCCGUGUUCCACUAUCAAUAAGCAUUUGUUGCAAGAGAUAAGGUAAUAA